GAUUCUAACCAGAGGUUUGAUUAUUUUCAGAGUGGUGCCAAAAUCAACAUAUCAGAUGGUUCCUGCCCAGAAAGAAUUGUUACUACUACCGGCUCAACAGAAAAUAUCCAUAAAGCUUUUACAAUGAUAUCCAAAAAAUUCGAAGAGGAUUUACAGAAUACACCAACUGUGCCUAAACCUCCUGUCACGUUACGAUUAGUAGUACCGGCCAGUCAGUGUGGUUCUUUAAUUGGUAAAGGUGGUAGUAAAAUCAAGGAAAUCAGAGAGUCUACGGGUGCUUCAAUACAAGUAGCUAGUGAAAUGUUACCAAAUUCAACAGAAAGAGCUGUCACGUUAUCUGGUACAGCUGAUGCCAUCACACAAUGUAUACGAAAUAUUUGUGGAAUCAUGUUAGAGUCCCCUCCUAAGGGUGCCAAUAUCCCCUACCGUCCAAAACCCGUAGUCUCUCCACAAGUUAUCUUCGCUGGUGGUCAAGCUUAUGCGAUGCAACCAGGACAAGUACCAGUACAGAAUCAUCAUGAGAUGAAUAAAGUACCACAUCACAUGACGGCGGCCAUGCCUCAUGCAGUACCAAUUAUUCCAACAGCUCAGACAGUCUUACCAGGUGGCUUAACAUAUCAAAUUGCCAGACCAAAUAACCCUGCUGCCACUGCUCCUGGAAGUAUAUCUAUAGCUAAUGGUGCACAGACACAUGAAAUGAAUGUCCCUAAUGAUUUAAUUGGUUGUAUAAUUGGUAGGGGUGGUCAGAAAAUUAAUGAGAUUAGACAAUUAUCAGGUGCUACAAUUAAAAUAUCUAAUGCUGAAGAUGGUACUGCUGACAGAAAAGUAACUAUUAGUGGCUCUCCUGAAAUGAUUGGUCUUGCCCAAUACUUAAUCCAAACCAGGUUGGUACAAUCAUCUUAUGCCUAUUAUCCAGCCGCGGCCAGAUAA